UUUAAUUUCUCAUCAUGCUUAUUCUGUAGUUCAUAUUAACUCCACAGUACUGAAGGAACUGAACAAGUGGAUCUCUAGACCUCAGAUCGCUGGCCAUGGUGUGGGCCAUGGCGUCUCAGGAUGCUCAGAAUUUCUUCCAGCCUCUGUCUUCCUGGAUAUCUCGGGUAUAUGAAGCUCUCCAGCAAGCAGGCGGUGUGCUGUCUGCCUCCUUGGUUAACUUAAGCAAACAAGACUCUAAAUUGAGUGACAAGCUAGACCAGGACUUAGAUGAUAUUCAGAUUCAGGAAACUUACUUUGAAGAUGAAGAACAAAGCGAUGGUGGGAGUCAAGAGGACACAAAUUCCUUGUUUCUUGAAGUGGAGCAUUUUUCUUGUAAUAGUGAUUUGCAGGACUCUGCUCAAAGUACAAGCCCUAAACGUAGCCAACAUGCAAAGGACUCGCGUUCCAUUAUAUCCCGGUGGCCCGCUCAGCCCUGCGAUGACCACAAGUCGCCACGUGUGCUUUCUUCUGUUGCUGAGGAAGAACAUCACCUUGGAAAGCAAAGGUGUGGCCUUCAACCUGGCUCUGAGAGGCAGCUCUCUGGUAUUUUAGAAAAUGUCUAUGGAGAAAAGCAAGUCAACAGCUUUGGAGAUGAUGGAGAGCUGUGCACAUCUUCUGACACUGACGAGGAGGUGAUCAGACAGUUCGAGAUUUCUGUGUCCCGGUCCCAGAGCUUCCGUUCCAGAACGUCUGAGAAAGGCAAGCACACAGGAUCGGAGCAGAAACCCAAAGUCCGCCGCUUGCUCUCUGCCAGCGACGAGGACAGCACGCAAGUGUCUGCCAGUGCAGAUUUGGAUGGAGCCAGCCAACUGAAUUAUUCUGAGAAGCUGUCUUAUGGCGAAGAUGAUCCCAUUUCUGCCCACUCGAAGGCCCCAUGUGAGGUGGAGGAUCCCAGGCGCCAUGGUGCAUCUCCGCUGGAGACCAGUGUGGUCCGCAGGCUCAGUCGCCAGUCCACAGAGGGCAGCUUGGAGAUGGAGACCGCUUUUAAUAACCGGGGACUGGAGGACUCCUACGCCACCGACAGCUCCUCCGUGUGGAGUCCAGAGGAGCAGGAUGGGGCCGAUUUUCAGGUGCCCUCGGGAGUCCCAGAGCCCAUCUCAAAGUGUGGUGAUCUGGAUGUUACCUUCGAAUACAGAGCUGCCAGCCAGAAACUCACUGUGACCAUCGUGAGAGCACAGGGCCUCCCGGAUAAGGACCGAAGUGGCAUCAACUCCUGGCAAGUUCACGUGGUCCUGCUGCCCAGUAAGAAACAGAGGGGCAGGACGAGCAUCCAGAGGGGGCCCAAUCCGGUCUUCAAGGAGAAGGUGGCUUUCACCAAGCUGGAGCCCAGAGACCUGGCGGCCUGCGCCGUCCGCUUCCGCCUGUACGCCGCCCGCAAGAUGCCCCGGGAGAAGAUGAUGGGAGAGAAGCUGUUCCAUCUCAGCCACCUGCACCUGGAAGGGGAAAUGAAAGUGACCCUGGUUCUGGAGCCGAGAAGUAACAUCAGUAGUGGAGAGUCUCGGCUCAGCCCAUCUGCCGUUUCUCACAGUGAUAGUGCUUCAUCCACGCAGUCGCUGUCUCAUGGAGGGGCGCCAGAGCUGUUGGUGGGGCUGUCCUAUAAUGCCACAACGGGGCGAUUAUCUGUGGAAAUGAUCAAAGGCAGUCAUUUCCGAAACCUCGCUGUGAACAGAGCGCCUGAUACAUAUGGAAAGCUCUUUCUCCUCAAUUCUGUGGGUCAAGAGAUGUCCCGCUGCAAGACAUCCAUUCGACGUGGUCAGCCCAAUCCUGUCUAUAAGGAGACCUUUGUUUUCCAGGUGGCUCUCUUUCAGCUCUCCGAUGUCACGUUGAUGAUUUCCAUUUACAACAGGCGUACUAUGAAGCCUAAAGAGAUGAUUGGUUGGAUUGCUCUGGGCCAAAACAGUAGUGGCGAGGAGGAGCUAGACCACUGGGAGGAGAUGAAGGAGACCAAAGGCCAGCAGGUCUGCAGAUGGCACACCUUGCUUGAGUCCUAGGCUGGCCAACAUGUGUCUAUGUGCCACAUCUGCCCUGGUGACCCUAGUUGUUGACUACUAACACCAACUCAGUGUGUGCUGGUA